CUAGGGCGUUCACCGAUUCCAACAUGGGCGACCCUUUUGGAAACGCAUGGAAACGCAACACUUGGGUUGACCCGAUUGACAGACUGGUUAUAUUCCAACAGGGUCUGAGACGUAGAUAAUAGGGUGCUGACGAGGCUUGUCUCACUCUGCCCCACGUCUACGGCUCCUUGUCUCACCCUGUCACACGUAUACGGCUCCCUGUCUCACCCUGUCACACGUAUACGGCUGCUUGUCUCACCCUGUCACACAACAUGCCAGCUUUAAAUUCACCGGUGCGCUUGCUGAAAUUAUCAUUGGAAGCUCUGUGUAAAAAUAUAAACACAAUGGUUGCUAAAGCUACCCACUUGACAGAAUCUACAGAUGAUGUUUUAGAAGUGGCAGAGGAAGAAAUCCAGGUGCUAGCCAAAAAACAAAUUGAUGAAUUAUAUGCUGGUACUUUAUCUACUGCUGUGCCUAGAAAUCCCUGUAGGGCAGCCCUUAAUCUAAAAAGGGUGAAGACAUUAAUACAGAAGCGGGGUGACUUUUCACAGAAACUAUGCGAGUACCUCCAGCACCUGCCUGCAGCAUUUUUAAAUGAAGUGUUCAACAAAGUACUGGCUAAUAUUGCAAAGAUCAUUGUAUAUGAUGAAGAACAGAUAGAAAACUUUAUAGAUGAAAGAUGGUCAUUUGCUCCAAGAGUGCGAGUGGCAUUUCAUUUUCUUUUGAAAAGCAUGCUGUUUCCUUACGUUUCAACUUUGAAUAUUAGUCCUGUCACAAAUGCAUUCUUUUUGGUCCUUGCUGAGUAUCUUAUGAAACAUGAUAAUUAUAAAGAUACUGUAUUUGUUAAAGAAAUGGAGGGAAAGAAAAGGAAUAUAUUUGCAGGGGGAAUUACUGCCAAUAAAAACAGUUUGUUAAAUCUUACUACCUUAAGUUUACAGAAUUUGGCUGAUGGGGAGUUAUUGUGGCUUAUUAGCAGUUAUUGUCCUAACCUGUGGCAUUUAGAUAUAAGUGGUAAUCUUUUUAAUUUGCAAAGAUAUUGUGUAAUAGAAAAAAGUGCGGGUGGAUAUGUAACUGCAGUAGAUAAGAAUGGAAGGAGAAACUAUGAAGAAGCGGAGUUUGUUCAUUCAGUAGGUAACUUGUAUGGGAAUCAACGUAUUUCACAAACUUCGGAUAAAUAUGAUGGCUGCCCAGGUGGUUGUAAGUACCUCAAAACACUGUUACUUCCAGAUGUGAGGUGGGAAAAACUUGAAGAAGAUAUACUGUUGGAUGACGUACAACAACUACUGAUGUAUGCUCCAGACAUGGAGGAGGUUACUGGAGUGUGUCUGUUCUAUGUUUUAUGCAAAAUCAAUGAAAUGGAGUAUCCUCCUAUCAUGCUGAAACUCAAGAAAUUUGAUGGUAAAACUGGAGGGCAUAGUUUAAUUGGUGUUUCUCCCGCACGGUUGAGGCAAGUUCGCUUGCCAUUUAUAAUGGACGUAAAUAUUGAUCUCAAUGUUUUCAUGCCUCCAGUGACACUUGAAAUUUUCCCUAAUAUGAAACAUCUUACUCUAACUCCUUAUGAUUAUCGCAGCUAUACAUGUAAUGAUAUAUUACCAUAUAUGAAAAAUCUUCACACUCUUGAUUUAGAAUUAACACAUGAGCUAUCAAUUUCAAACAUGUGUGAUAUUGCAGAGAAUUGUAGAUCACUAGAAUACUUGACAUUAACUUGUCUAGCACUGAGAAUGCAAGCCCUGGAUCUUAGUGAAGACCAGAUUAACAAAGAACAGCUAGAAAGAAUUUCAUCUCCACCUGUGGUUAGAAUGGAUGUUAAAAAUAAAAAGGAAUAUGAACCUUGUAAAUCACUUGGUGCACUGAAAUCAUUUCCAGAGUAUGCAAAAGCUAUAAUGAAAAUUGCCCCGGCUCCAUAUGAAAAGAGUAACAGUCAGAUACCAAAUUUUUCCAAACUUCAUACUCUGCAGUUUUUUGACAUCCGUAGUGUUGAUGCAGCGGCUUUGUACAAAUGUAUCAAGGGCAGUCCUAAGAUUCAAACUCUGACAUUUGUGGCACUUAAAAAAGGUGAUAAUUGUAAUAUUGAAUUAGAUGAUGAUUUUGUUGGAAGAAUUGCUCCCUUAAUGAGAAGACUAAGAGAUAUUACAAUUUCUGCACAGGAUGAUACAAGGUGCAAUAUUGUAUUAGAUAAAUUUACUGGUAUGGCCAUUGAGCACUUAGUGAAGUUCUGCAGUGACAUUCAAUCCAUUGGUACAAUGAGUAAUUGGAAUAUAACUCUUGAUGAAGUUAGAGCACUAAACUACUGUUUUAUGAAAAAUAACUAUAUACUGAGGUUACAUUGAAUUGGUGCAUAUAUACAAGUAAACAUGACAAAUGAAUUGCUAAAAUUUGAGAAAAUCAUUUGGAGCAAUUUGGGAAUUUGAACCAGUAUUCUAGUAACACCCAGACGCUUAAGGCAAGUGUCUGGGAGUCACUGUAACGCUGCUUCAAAUCUUUGUAUUGCUCUAAAUGAUUUUCUCAUUGAUAUAUAAUGCAUUGUGGUUUCUUUGUGUUAUGUGCUAAAACUUGUAGAUGUAAAUAAACUAUGGUAUUAGUACAGUAAUAAUUGCAAAAUAAGGUAUUUAAAAUAAUUUUUAAGAACCUGAAAAGCGAACAGUGAAUUGUAUGUGUAAUUUGCCUAGUUGCAUGUAUAACUUGUCUUGUGUGUGUGUGUAAAUUGCCUAUUUGUGUGUGUGUAUGUAUAACUUAACUAGUUGUGUGUGUGAGUAUGUGUAUGUAACUUGCCUAGUUGUGUGAGUAUAUGUAAAUUGCCUAAUUGUGUGAGUGUUUGUGUAACUUGCCUAGUUGUGUGUGUGUAUGUAUGUUUACAUGCAAAGAUAAUUGAUUGGAUGAAAUGCUGAGAAUAUAAUGAUGUUUUGAUUCCAUAAUUUCAAAACUUAAAUUAAACAAGAUUCAUUCUUUUACUUUGUCUCCUGCAUAUUAACUUGUUUACCAAAAAUAUCUGGUUAAUGAAGCAUGUAAAGUAAUACGUACUAUACAAAGCCCUCAUUGUGAGGUUACAUACUUGGAUUUAUGUAGUAAAUUAAGUUUUGUUUGUAGCUGGAGUUGCGAUAAUUUAUGUGAGGGGGAAGGGAAGAUGUGUUCACUUAUUUAAAUAGUUAUCUUGUGUUGUGCAACCUAGUAGUUGGUACACUAUCAGUGAUCAGUUGAGUGCUUCUGGAGCACUCAACUAGAAAUUGGUGUUUCAUUACAUUUAAUGCUGGUUUUUCCUGAGGCAGUUCAUCCUGGAUGGUUUUGUACCAGGCAACAUCUACCUUGACUGGUAGGUUUGGGCUCCCAACCAGUCUGUAACUGUACGCCAAGGUUAGUUUGUUUCCCAGUUCUCUGAGUUCGAGUUCCUGGUUUUUGAAACACACCCAAUAAUGACACAGGGUGAUAACUAUUAUCCACCUAACAGGUGGCAUGUCAAGAGGUAAAAAGAAUGACCAUUGACAUUAAACAAAACUGAUGCACUGAACGGCUUUCAAUCUUGCACACAGCAAGAGCAUUUUAGGUGAACUGAAUCAUAGUUGAGCCACACCAGAAACCCUUUGGGUUUUUCCAGCUCCAGAUGAUGAAAACAAAGCUGCGACACCAAUUGCAGGGGUUGCCCGCCUGCAAACAUUGAACACGCCUUCAGGUACAAGGACAGCUGGGAAGUGUGUAAACAGCACAUUGCAGAGAGAUAUGACAUGAACCCUCACUUGCCCUCAACAAAAGAACCCUGACUGCCCCACCCCAGAGCCUUGCAGAGGAGUUAAAAACCCACUCACAGGAAGGCAUCCUCCACAGGAGUCUGGCCUCUCAGGUAUAGACACCCUCACCUCACCAGGGAGAGUAACUCUGGCAGGUAGAGGCAACACCAGCAAGCACCUAGGAAAGCUAACCCUUAAGCUCAUGUAGCUUCAGUUGAACAUUUGUUCAAGGUUAACACAACAAGAGGAGCAUAUAAACAUGCAUAUGGAGCUGUACGCUAAAGCAGGAAAAAACACAAGCAAGUGGCCCCUGCAAAAGUCCAAAUAUAGCCAGCACUUCUCUGGAAUACUGGGACCAAAGGCGACAUAAAGAACAUGUGCAAACAGGGUCGCACCAGGUGAAUGACUGAUGGAUUGAGCCUGAGCAGACUGGAAGCUCCCAGGUCUGGCACCUGUAGGGUGAUCUUGCAUCCCCUGCUCCUUGUGCCUCUUUGAGUGGACUAGGUUUUGGCCUGUGGUUUCCAAUGUUUUUUUUUUUUAAUGUCUUGCAAAGACCUUUUUGUGAUAUGUGGGGAACUAUCCUGGCAGUAACUACAGGGAGCCACUGAGGCAACCCUCUCAGAAAAACAAUUUGUUCUUAUAGAAUACAGUGGUACCUUCGUUUACGAAUUUAAUCCGUUCCCAGAGACAGCUCGUAACCCACAACUAAUUUUUCCAUACGAAAUAAUGUAAAUUGAAUUAAUCCAUUUCACACUCCCAAAAAUAUUAACUUCAAAAUACAUUUCAUACAUAAUAAACAUAAAUAUUUUGUACUAUAGUAUGCACAAGUUAUAGCUUGCCUUUAUUGAUGACCUGUUGGCAUAUG